CUAUUGUAACUAACGACGCGGAACUGAUAGUCGACAUGAGACAGUUAUAAUUUAAAGGUUAUAAUGAUAUUAGCCAAUAACAAUGGGAUAAUCCACAAUUACCUUAUAUCCGUUUAUUUAUUUGGAUAAUCAUCGUGCCUUAAUCAUGUGUCGGUGGGGGUGCCCUGGAAUCGACACCACGUUUAUGUGUAAAUGGUGUGGUACUAGAUAUUGUAGAGAAUGUAUGAAAGGUGAUUAUACAGGUCAUAUGUUUGAAGAGAGUAGGUGUAGAAAAUGUAACCAGAAAAACUGCCAAGGUCAGAAGGUUGAAUUUGUCAUAAUUCAGAUUGAUCCAGACGACGCAAAAGCUAAAAAAGGAGGUAAAAAGGGUACCCUUAACCGUAGUCGCAGUCGCAGUCCAGGAAAAGGGGGCAGCAAGGGUGCAAAAAGUACCAAGACAUCCAAGGGCAGCAAGAAAUCUGGAAAGAAGUCCUCUGGUAAAAAGAAAGGUGGAAAAAAGAAGAAAAAGAAGAAAUAAAUUGUAUUUUUAAUCGCCUAGAUAUAUUACUAUAUAUGCAGUUUUUAAGUUAAGAGAAACAUUAUUUUAGAUCCAUUCUUGCGUAGAGCUCAGGUAUGAUUGUUAAUACAGAAUAUAUUUAUAGUCUGAUAUGUCUGUCUCUUUGCCUCGGCUUUUUUUUAAUAGCGAUUUGGGGACCUACGACAAGGGGAGGAAUUUUGUCAGUUUUCCCAACCUUCGAAGGUCAUGGGGUUUUUUUGGGGUUUUUUUUGGGAGGGGGGGGGGGUGCGAAUUUCCACACUGAUCUCCUAAAGACAUUCAUCACAAGCUUAAUUAAUUACCUCUCGAAAUAUACAUCGUAUGUCUUUCAUUGGCCUUUUUAUCCUAAAUAAUACAGUAUAGUGAUGUAUUAAGAAAGGUGAGGGGUCUAUUGUUGUGGACAACUUUGACUAUAGGCAAAGAUAUAGUACAGUAACUGACUGCUUAAAAACAGUUGGAAAUCGUCCAAAUGUGGAUACAUGUAUAAAAAUUGGAAUAAUACUCAUUGAGGACUACUCUUUUGAUAAAGCCCAUAGCUAUUCUAAAAUCAAACAUGGUGGCCAAUUUUCAAGAUGGUGGACUUUUAGGCAACGAAAUAUCAUUGUUUGUGGUCGAGUCAAACCUAACUGCCUUACUUGAUUGAUUUUUUACAAAUAUAUUUUAAGUUUCAUCUAAAUCGUACAAAAAUUGAGGGCUCUAGAUUAUCUACAGACAAUGUGAACGGACGUCCGGACGUCGAGGCGAGCGUUAGACGUUUCGGCGGACGGACAUAG